AUGGGAUCCGUAUGUACUGGAGUUGUAGAUGUCAUGCCUGCACAUCUACUGGAGCAUCAGGGAGAGUGGCAUGCCCGAGUCCCCCUGAUCUGUUUCGAGGUUGUGGAGAGUCACCUACCUGACCGCGUCAUGCGACAGUUCGGACUGCAGCAGCCUAUUCCCCAGAACUGUGACACUGUCGUGCGCCUUCACGACAUUGACCGUCAGGGCAAGACGGAGACAAACUGGGCACUGGAGCAUUGGCAGUAUCUUCAGCUAUGGGAGCAGCGGUUGGGUCAUGUCGUUCAGGGUUAUCCCAUGCAGGGCGUUAUGGAUCAUGACGAUCCGUACAUGGUGUGGUACAGGCUUAUCACACGCCGUUUCAUCAACCCCAGCUACACACCACCGUCCACCCAUUACCACCCGGCACAUGACGUCAUUAGCGGAUAUGCGGCGGAUAUGGUGGCGAUGUAUGAUGCACUGUCCCUCGCCCUUACAGACGGACCCACCAGAGCCCAGGUCCAGCAGAUGCGAGAUAUGUCCGCGACUUCCUUACGCAGACAUGGUCACGGUCAUCUCAUCCAACAGCGGGACGGUGAUGAUGGUCACUCCAUCCAUUCGCGGUUCGACCCCGGCCAGAGUAGCAGUGGAGGUGAUCCUACGUCGCACACAGAGGCAGAGGAGUACAUCUUCCACAGUUCUGCACCCUUCAGAACCCAGGAGGACGCAUCGUCCAGCCAACUCACUCCCCCCCCCGCGCCGGAACCCAUUCACCACCAUUCACCAUUACACUCGGCGUCGUCCAAGACGAAGGGACGACAGUGA